AUGUGGUCUGAUUUAUCACCAGAUACAUCUGGUUUUUAUGAAUAUCCAGCACGUAAACCAUUUAUUAAUUCAAAUUAUCAACGUUUAUCAUCGACACCAUCAAAAACAGCUGCAUUACCAGAAAGUAAUAGAGAAAAUUUAUUACAAGCAUUAAAAUCGUUAACAUUGAAAAUAAAAAAUUUAGAAGAUGAAAGAGAACGUGCUGAAUUAAAUCUUAAUCAUAUUACAAAUGGAGUUCGUUUUCGUCCAAAAUCAGCCACAACUGCUUCACAAGAUACGAAUGAUGCCGAUCAUCAAUUACAAAAUGCUGAAUUAAGAUUUCGUUUACUUGAAAAACAACAUGGAAAAAUACGUCAACUUAUGGAAGAUGGUCUUGAUUCAUCUCCAAAAAAAAAAUUUAUACAACCAUUUAUUAGUAAACGACCAUGUAGUGGAUCAACAAAAGGAUCAAAACGAAAAAGUCGUCCAUUAUCAAAGCGAACAAAACGCAAUAAACAAUUAGUUUUAGAUGGUGAACGUCACUAUCAUUUAGAUUUAAAUACGGUACCAUUUAUUUUAGGUGCAUCAACAUCACCCAGUCAUAAUCUAAUGUCAAAUGUGCAAAAUGUAAUUGCUCUAUUAAAAAGUCAUAAUCAUCAUCUCUGUUUAACAUCUAAAGAAUAUGAUACAUUAAAAUCUGGUAAUACUGAUUAUCGUCAUCAUCGUCCACUAUCAUCAUCCUCUUCACCAACACAUCGUUUAGGACGCCCAAUAACUACAACAAAUUCUUUUCGUUCAACUUCUUCAUCACGUGCAUUUGAUCGUAAUUCAUCUAAUACUCCAACAGCUAAAAGUCAUCUUUAUUCACGUAUAAAAAAACUACGUACAGAAUUUGCAUUGAUGGCAUGUAAUCAUCAAAAAUUAAAUGAUAAAAUUGAAAAAACACUCGAUUAUGAAUUACGUGAAUUAUAUGAAAAUGAAUUAGAACAAUUAAAUUUUAAUAUGCAAACCAUACUUAAUGAACUAGAACAAUUACAAAAACAUUUAAAAUUAUUAUUAUCACCACUAAACUCUGGAACUAAAGAUGAUACAAAUGUCAAAUAUGGAAGAAAUAGUUCACCUUAUGAAUAUGAAACUCCGUUAGAAACUUUAAAACGUACAAAAUUAUUACAAGUAUUAUUAAAAGAUACAAAACGUUCAAAAUCAAGAGACUAA